AUGACUUCUCAGGGCCCUCUAUACAUUGGGUUCGACCUCUCCACACAGCAGCUGAAGGGCCUGGUGGUCAACCCAGAGCUGAAGGUGGUACACGUCUCCAAAUUCGACUUCGAUGCCGAUUCCCACGGGUUCUCGAUCAAAAAGGGCGUGCUCACCAACGAGGCGGAGCAUGAGGUCUUCGCACCCGUUGCACUGUGGCUGCAAGCCCUGGAUGGCGUGCUGGAGGGUCUGCGGAAACAAGGACUAGAUUUUAGCCGUGUCAAGGGAAUCAGCGGCGCGGGACAGCAGCAUGGUAGCGUUUACUGGGGCGAGAAUGCGGAGAGCCUCCUCAAGUCCCUGGAUUCGAGCAAGUCGCUGGAGGAACAGCUCAGUGGAGCUUUUUCGCACCCCUUUAGCCCGAACUGGCAGGAUGCUAGUACUCAGAAGGAGUGUGAUGAAUUUGAUGCUUUCUUGGGAGGUCCUGAGCAGUUGGCUGGGGCGACGGGAAGCAAGGCGCAUCAUAGAUUCACCGGUCCUCAGAUUCUCCGAAUGCAGAGGAAAUACCCCGAGGUCUACAGGAAGACGGCGAGAAUCUCGCUUGUGUCUUCGUUCCUUGCUUCCUUGCUCUUAGGUCACAUUGCGCCCAUGGACAUCUCGGACGUCUGCGGCAUGAACCUAUGGGAUAUCAAGAAGGGUGCUUACCAUGAGAAACUCCUUGGACUUUGUGCGGGACCAUUCGGCGUAGAGGAUCUCAAGCGGAAGUUAGGUGACGUCCCGGAAGAUGGAGGUCUACGUCUUGGAAAGAUCAAUCGAUAUUUCGUUGAGCGGUUUGGGUUCAGCUCAGACUGUGAGAUUCUCCCUUCGACUGGCGACAACCCGGCUACCAUACUUGCCCUGCCCUUGCGUCCGUCCGAUGCUAUGGUGUCUCUGGGAACUUCGACUACUUUCCUCAUGUCUACUCCAAGCUACAAGCCAGACCCUGCAACACAUUUCUUCAACCACCCCACCACCCCUGGACUCUACAUGUUCAUGCUCUGCUACAAGAACGGCGGCCUUGCGCGCGAAUAUGUUCGUGAUGCAAUCAAUGAGAAAUCGGGCAGCGGCGCGUCCCAGUCGUGGGAGAGCUUCGACAAGAUCAUGCUUGAGACGCCCCCGAUGGGCCAGACGACAGAAUCAGACCCCAUGAAAAUGGGCCUAUUUUUCCCCAGACCAGAAAUCGUGCCAAAUGUCCGGUCCGGACAGUGGCGUUUCACCUACGACCCAGCCAGUGAUACGCUGACUGAAACCAACGACGGAUGGAACAAGCCGUCAGACGAGGCGCGGGCUAUUGUGGAGAGCCAGAUGCUAUCGCUGCGCUUGCGGUCCCGAGGUCUUACCCAGAGCCCUGGCGACGGACUGCCUCCCCAGCCACGUCGUGUCUACCUCGUUGGAGGAGGUUCGAAGAACAAAGCUAUUGCUAAGGUAGCUGGAGAGAUCCUGGGAGGAAGCGAUGGAGUUUACAAGCUGGAUGUCGGAGAUAAUGCCUGCGCUUUGGGCGCAGCAUACAAGGCUGUGUGGGCUAUUGAGAGAAAGCCCGGCCAGACCUUCGAAGACCUGAUUGGUCAACGGUGGAGAGAGGAAGAGUUCAUUGAGAAGAUUGCAGAUGGAUAUCAAAAGGGUGCCUUCGAGAAGUACGGCAAGGCUGUUGAAGGGUUUGAGAAAAUGGAACAGCAGGUGUUGAAACAGGAGGCGGCCAAGAAGUAG